AUCCUUCAUGGGAGCCUGAUCCCCAGGCGGGUCACAAUCAUGAACAGACCCAGGACCGACCGUGUGGAGGUCCACAACCUAAUUCAACAGACACGCCAUUGUCACAUCACCCCGUAUGUCCUGCACUGUGCACAACAACAAAAUGCAUAGCUGCACACACAUGUCCGACCUGCGACGAAGGCUGGGUGGAGAUCCAAAGCAAGAGAACCAUCAAAGCAGAGAACGAAGUAGAAGCCAACAAACUGGUCAACAACUACAGGUUCGGAUUUAGAAAAUGGAAGAGCCAUGUGACAGAGCGUCCGCUUGAAGUCAGGUCAGAGGUUGUGAAGGAGCUCUACUCUGAACUGAACGUCAUUAAACCACAUUCAGGUCGUCUUAUCACAUGUGGAAAUGUAGCGUAUGUGUUCUUCUUCGGCUGGUGGGUCUCUCUGGCAUAUUUCUUGGUCGGCAUACUUAUGUUUGUCACUAUCGCUGGUGCAGUGUACGGCAGACUUUGCUGGAAAUUGUCGAGUUACUUCCUGUGGCCAUUUGGCAAGUCAAUCCACGAGAUUGGAAAUACUUUGAGGAGAUGUUGUGAGCAAGCACCAGACUGUGAUUGUAACAUAGACGGGACCGACGAUAACUCACCAGUUCUGCUGCCUUCACCCACAGAGGUGCCAAUCCCAGAGCCGCUAGGACGACCUCUGCGCACUCCCUACUGGCAUCGUUUCUCCACCUAUGUGUGGCUGCUGCUGGGAUAUCCUCCUCUGGUGGUCAUACACUCCCUGGCCUGCUUCUUCUCCUGGAUCCUGGUCUUCACUAUCCCCGUUUCCAAAAUGAAUGCACGGACUCUUGGCGUCAUUCUCCUCUUGGCUCCUGAGGAUGUCUCUGUCUCCACCUGCUCACAGAGAAUGCAUCAAGGCUAUGAGACCAGAGCUCUGCUGUGCUGCUACCACGCUGUAAACCUGUACUAUUACAAGUACACUGUUGAUGGGAUCAAUGUGUUUGCCGUCAACCUCCUCCCUCUAGUAAUAAUUGCCUUGGUAAUCGGAUAUAUUGACAGAGAAAACCAAUACGCCAGCUCUGAGGUGAAGUUCGCCAUAGCAAUCGGCUCCAUCAUACCUCUGUCUUAUUAUAUUGGUAUGGGCAUUGCCAGUAUCUCAGCCCAGAGUAACUUUGCUGUGGGUGCAGUGGUGAACGCCAGCUUCGGCUCCAUCACAGAGUUGACCUUUUACAUCACGGCCCUGGUCAGAGGUCACCAGGCAGCCAACCCGUGUCUGCAGGAGGUUGUUAAAGCAGCGCUGACUGGCACGCUGCUCGGAUGCAUCCUCUUCAUCCCUGGCGUCUGCAUGAUAAUCGGAGGGCUGAGACACAGUGAGCAAACAUUCAACAGUCGCUCUACGGGAGUGAGCUCUCCGUUGCUUUUCAUCUCUGUAGGAGGUGUGUUUGCCCCCACGCUGUUCUCCAAAGCUUAUGGAAAUCUGGUGUGCGAUGCCUGCACCAACUCCACUGGAGGAAAUAGCACGAGCAACAGCAGCGGGCCGUUCGUCUGCCACAACUGUCACUACGAUCUGAAUAACGGUACAUUGUUCCACAACCAUGUUGAGCCACUGGUGUACACGGUGUCUGCCCUCUUGCCAAUCGCCUACAUCAUUGGUCUGAUAUUCACACUGAAGACGCACUCCCAUAUUUAUGACAUUCAUGUUGGAGAAGAACAGGUGACUGGCCACCACGGAGCAGUGGUCCACUGGUCACGGUGGAGAUCUAUGGUCAUCCUCAUCAUGGCCACCGUGCUCACGUCUGCCUGUGCCGAUCUCGUCACAGAGAACAUCCAGCCCAUACUAAACCAGCCCAACAUCUCUCAGUAUUUCAUUGGAGUUACAGUUCUCGCUAUGGUACCCGAGAUCCCAGAGAUUGUUAAUGGGAUCCAGUUUGCACUCCAAAACAACAUCAGUCUGAGCUUGGAAGUGGGAAUCUGUAUCGCAGUUCAGGUCUGCAUGCUACAGAUUCCAAUACUGGUCUUUUUUAAUGCCUUCUAUGAUGUGGGAUUUGUGCUGUUAUUCAGUGACUUGCACCUGUGGGCCAGUUUCUUCAGUGUGAUUCUUGUCAACUAUAUCUUCAUGGACGGAAAGUCUGAUUAUUUUCAGGGUACAGCCCUGGUGGUCGUCUACCUUAUUCUACUCGCUAUGUAUUACUUCGCUCCAUCUCCAGCAGGCUGCUGACUGUGACACUUUUCAGGCCUUUUUUAAGCCCGGAGGACCACAAUUAAUCUCUGUUGAUGAGAUUUUAUCCUGACAGUAUUAUGACUUAAUGAUCAUGUGUGAAUCCUGACAUCGGCCUUUUUAUUAUUCAUUUAUUUCCUAAGUUAUACAAAUGACAAAACUGAACUUUUAAUCUCAGGUAGAUACUUCUACUAUAAAACGUAGCUUAUAAGCUACCUAACUGUCUCAUAACUUAUGUUCUUUGUAAACUGUCGUACAUGCAAAUUGAUAUUAUAAUGUAAAGUAUGUGAACUAAUGCUAUUUUGUUUUAAAAGGUACUGUUGUAAUAAAUUUGUAUACUUUAACUCCAUAGUGUUAAAACGGGACAUGUCUGUUACAGUUAAUGAUAUAAAUGAUAUUGCAUGGUUAACUAUGCUUAGCAAU